UACAAACAAUGUUGGGAAUGAUCCUUAAAUGCACCGUAGUAAUCGGUCUAUGAGAGCCAGUCUUGUAGGGAGGAACAUUUACCCUCCAUCGGAACCAUGAGCGCAGCCUCUCUGCGGAGUUGAAAGAAAUCCCAUCACAAUUGAUUGUCAACGUCAAGCUACCACCAGUAAAAAAACAGACUCGUCUAUAUACCCCGUCGACAGCCCGAUUACUUGUUACCAUCCGCCGUCGCCCUAAUCAUUCUCUACGCAGCCUUUCCCACCGGUUCGAUCCUCUUUGCACCAUGUUUGGCGGCCCAUCCGAACAGCUCUCUGAAGCUGAGAUUCGCGAAGGCGAGGCCGCAGCAACUCUUCAGGUGCAGGUCUUUACCGUCGCCUGCGCCGCCUUGUGGUUUUCUCCACACGUUGUCGAAUGGGUGCAUAAACUAUUUUAGACAUGGACAUUGUUUCUGUGAACCGGCGAGGCCCAAUUAACCAGGGCGAGGAUGAACUCGGCGAGGUUUGAUGCUGGCAUGCAAAGCUAGCAAAAUCCUUGCUCGGUGUACACUACAUGUACAGUAUCACGAUCUAAAGGGCACGGAAGGGCCGAGGGGCCCAGAUGGUGCCGGGGGGGGGCGAAAUCGCCAACGGCCGUGUCUCAGAUAAUCGACCACAUACAGGAUCUUCAAUUCAUUAUGAAAGAGGCUUCUUGCGUUUUCCCGACAGAGUCUCGCUUUCUUAUGCAAGACCGCUAUGCAAGACCCCGUGCCAACU